CCUCGCCCUAGGCGACGCGGCAGAGGUGAGCUCCCCAGCUCCCAUCCGCAUUGCAAUCACCGCUAGCGCCAGGCGAGGCUCCGCCCCAUCCAGGCGACCUUUGCAUGAUCUUGCACGACGACAAUGCCGCUGGCGAUGCCACCAGGAAGGAAGAAGAAUUGGAAGAACAGCACGGCGGCGAUCGUCCAAACAGAGAGGAGCUCCUGGAUCCCAUUCAUGGCGUAGAGCGACGCGGACGAGAUCCUCUCGAAAUUCAGCCUUCGGAUUUGCUCACGCAGGAUCAUGUUCUCCUCGCUCUCGCUAGGGGGGAGCUGGAGAUCGCUGGGAGCCUCUGGCAUGGACAUGUCCACCGAGAGAUCAAAGAGCGACGUGUAAAUGGAGUCGCCCUCUCCGCCACUCUGGACGACCAGCUCUUCCAGCCCCGAGAGAGUGUCGCUAAGAUCAUCCGAGCUGGCUGGAGAGUUCCGGCAAUCGAGCUCCUGGGCUCCUGGAGGAGGAGCUCCUGGAAGAACUUCCAUAGCCGCUACUCCAAAGCCGUCAAAGGUGGUAGCCAUACUUCCCUGGUGAUCGCUCAUCCCUGGCGUGGUUUUGGCAGUGAAGAGAUCGCGCUGCUGCUCUUGGUGGUGGAAGAACUUCGGGAAGCCAUCGUUGGCGAGCAAGGUGGUGAAGGAUUGGACGUGGAGUGGCUGUGCCUGGACGUUGCCGAGCUCUUCCUCGUCGCCAAAGUAGUGGAGCUGGUUAAAGCUGCGCUGGUGGAGCGUCCGCGCGGCCUUGGACGGAAGAACUGAGCCGCUCGAGGGCGAUGCCGCCGGUAAGAAGUUCGUGCGCGUGUUGACGCCCCGGAGCAUGCAAGCCGCCUCGUCGUAAGCUCUGGCGGCGUCCUCCGCCGUGUCGAAAGUCCCCAGCCAUAG